CGAUUGCGGCUACUGAAAGAGAAGAUCCAGCUUCAUGGCGAUGAGGAUGAACAUGAGCAGGUUGAUUCAUGGUCAAACCGUGAUCUUAUCCCUCUUCCACCCUCAAGGCGAACUUGGGGUUGGUUUCACUACUUUGGAUAUUGGACACUCAACUCUUUGAAUAUCUCAAAUUGGCAGACUCCGAACACUUUCUUGUCUUAUGGUCUCUCGGCUGGUCAGAGCAUGAUGGUGAUUGUGGUCGGAAAGCUGCUAGUCACCAUCUUCUCGACCCUCAUUGCCUGGUGUGGACUUCGUUGGCAUAUCGGCUUCACGGUGCAGAACCGAUUCACUUGGGGCCUUCGUGGAAGUUAUAUUCCCUUGCUGCAAAGAGUCCUUUUGAACUUCAUCUGGUGUGCCAUACAGUGUUGGAACGGAGGCAGGCUUGUGGCUGUCUGCAUAACGGCAAUCUGGCCGUCCUUUGCCAAAAUGCAUAACACACUCCCAUCUUCCAUGCCUACCACGACCUAUCAGUUUGUAGGCUUCGUUCUUNUCUGGAUCUUCUCGGUUCCAUUCCUGUUCGUCCGCCCUGAGAAAUUUCGUUUGCCAUUCUUGGUCACAUCCAUAUACUGCGGCGUUGGCAUGCUCUGUAUGAUGAUCUGGUCAUUGUCCGUAGCGAAAGGUGUCGGCCCACUUUGGACAACGGGACAGAACAUUCCGGAAACCUCGUCCUGGAAUCUUCACUGGCUUGAGAUGAAGGGCAUCAAUCAAAUCAUCGGUGGCAUUGCUGCUGGUAUCACCAACGGCUCGGACUUUUCCCGAUACGCUCGAUCGCCCAAGAACUAUGUUGUGGGUACUGUUCUCUCCGCAUGGAUUACUGGCGUGCUCGUCAGCCUGGUCGGGCUCGUGGUGACAGCUGCAUGCCAGAAAAUCUAUGGCGAGGUAUAUUGGAAUCCUCCGGACCUCCUUAUGCGCAUGAUGGACAGUGGAGAGGGUUCUUCGAAAGCCAGAGCAGGUGUCUUCUUUCUUGCUGCUGGUUUUGCUCUGACUGGCAUGUUCGAGAACGUCUGUGGCAACGCAGUCGCAGGAGGCAUCGACCUCGCAGGCCUCUUCCCUCGCUAUCUCGACAUUCGUAGGGGCUCCAUCCUGACAUUUGUAGCUAUCUGGAUUUGCCAACCGUGGCAACUUGUCAACAAAGCGGCUACAUUUGUCAGUGUACUUAGCUCUUUCUCGGUCUUCCUGUCACCGAUCAUGGGGAUCAUGGUAGUAGACUUCUACCUUUUGCGCAAAGGACGGAUCCAGCUUAGCCAUCUUUACAGGACCAGGGAUACUUCAUAUUGGUUUACCAGAGGCAUUAACUGGCGUGCCAUACCAGCGUGGAUUUGUGGAUGGGCGCCUACGAUCGGUGGACUCGUUGUCACUGUGGGAGGUUUGCCGAAUCCUCCCCGAGCUUUAGUGCAACUGUACAACAUGGCGUUCCUGGUUGGUUUCUUCGUGAGCGGUUCAGUCUUUUAUUUGCUCAACCUCAUCUUUCCAUACCCAGGACUGGGCGAGUACGAUGAGGUGGACGUGUACCAGACCUUCACACCUCACGAAGCUACCAAGCUCGGCGUAGUGCAGGCGGUUGAGCCGCAGGUGUCAGAUGGUAUCGCAAUCAGGCCAGAUGACAAGAAGACAGAGCCAGAAGUGAUUGUCGAGAAAUCUUUG